AUGUCGGCGAGCAAGGAGCUCUUUGAGUUGGUCAGAAACUCAAGGUUAUCCCAAGUGGCCAAGCCGCAUGCCAACAACAUCAGACUCAAGACCAACAAACCAACGCAUCAAGUGAUAUUCACACCUUCUACAAGUGCAUAUAGAUCAAAUUAUGGUUUGAAAUCGGUAUUGCCAGGCAAGAUCGGUAAAGCUUACAUCUCGUUCAAUGACAUAGACAACAAAAAGGGCAUGCCCGAUGUUGAGAAAAACUCAGGUUUCCACUAUACGCAACAGAUGUUUCAAGAAAUGGGCGUGCCUUUGAAAAACCAUUUCACAAAACACAACCCACUUUUCCCGCACGAGUCCAACCAGAGCAGCAGGUCGCUUCACGAGGGGAACCUAACCAGCUGUUUCAAUAUCGACCCCAAGACCAAAACUUCCGACGUCAUCAACCUUUUAAACCAGAACCCGCGCUUGUAUAAAAAUUUCAGAACCUACGUCUCCACCAAGCACCCUCAAGUUAUCUUGACCUCGCUCGAGCCUUUCGAAUUAACUUCCAUUAUGAGGCAGUUUUUGAACGAGUCUAAGCGAGUGAAGAAGAAGGAGAAUACCAUGGCAAACAAAUUGACAGCCAUGGGCGAAAGAAACAACAGCGUGCAAGGCACAGGCGGGUUUUCCUACAACCAAAGAGGAAGAUUGCAAAACACCCCCAACGGCAUCAAGCAUCAUACUAUCGUAGAUGGUAGAAUGGUGGGAACCAAAGAGGCAGCAAUCGGCGGCGUCGUUGCCAACGUCAUUGACCGUUCAAUUGCGCUACAGUUGAAUUACGCGCGAAACACACCAGGGGCGCACUAUAGACAGUUCACCGUACCUCUCAAGGUCAACGAGGCUGAAUUUGCCGAAGAUGGGUCAAUCAGAAUGUUUGCUGAAGGUAUCAAAUCUGGCACUUGGUCUGAAACCGAUGAGAGAUACUUGUCAACUAGAAACUCGGUGAUGGGAGGUCGUAGAUCGAGAGGCAGAGCCGGUGACGAAAGCUUGGAAAGCUUGUUGAACUUGAUUCUCCCAGGAAAGAGAUAA